CUCUCUCUAAGUUCCUCUCAUCUCCUUCACUAUUUCUCGUAAUUCAUAUAUAAAAAUAUUUUUCCAGCACUCACUCGUAGGAAACUCCUCUCUCUCUCUCUCUCUCUCUCCUAUCUUUCUCUUUCUCUCUCUCUCUCUCUCUCUCUCAUCUUUUUCACCUUCAUUUCCUGUUUUUCAUUCUCCCUAUUUUUCUCUUCUCCAAACCCCAUCUAUCUCUCUCUCUCUCUUCAUGAGUAAGGGAGAGAGGCUUGAAAAAAUUCCAAUCUUAGAGGUCCACCAAAAGUAGUAAAAUCAGCUCAAUCAUGCAGCAGCAGCAGCAGCAAGGUGGGCCACAGUACGGCGUCCCGCCGGAGAUGCCACCGCCAUUCACCGGCACGGGAGGGUCCCGGGCCCACACGAUCGGAAUUCCCGGUUCGGACGCCGCAGCGCUGGCCGAAGCGGCUUCACCGAUCAGCAGCCGGCCGCCGCCGCCGCCUGCGAGGGGGAAUUUCGAGGAGAUGGCGCCGGGGCCGUCGGGAUUCCAGGAUGACGACGUAGGGGAGGAGGCAGAACGGGGUCCGCCUGGUAACCGGUGGCCGCGGCAGGAGACGCUAGCGCUGCUCAAGAUACGGUCGGAUAUGGACGCGGCCUUCCGGGAUGCAACUCUUAAAGGCCCGCUUUGGGAAGACGUCUCCAGGAAGCUCGCUGAAUUGGGCUACACCAGAAGUGCGAAGAAAUGCAAAGAGAAGUUCGAAAACGUGCACAAGUACUACAAGAGAACCAAAGAAGGUCGGGCUGGGCGGCAAGACGGCAAGAGCUACCGGUUUUUCAGCCAGUUAGAAGCUCUUCAUAGCAAUAUCAGCUCGACCACCACCACCAUAAUGACUGUCGUCGCCCCCCCUGCUGUUAAUCCGCCUGCUGUUCCGAUCCCGGUUGGUGUGGGAACCAGCAAUCCAAUGGUCGGAUCUUCUGGAAGGCUUGCACCGCCAACUCCUACUCCGGUUUCUGCUGCCCCAGCUGCUUCCACCCCUCAGAUCAAUGUGAUACCGCCAAUUGGGCCUGAUUUAACCGGCCCUGCGAUUAGCGGUCCUGGUUCAGGUGCUGCCGCUGCGGGAAUUAGCUUCUCGACAUCCUCGUCCGAGUCAGAGUCGGAUGAUGAGAUCGAGGAAGGGGGGAGUAAGGAUACUCGGAAGCGUAAACGGUCGGGAUCGAGUGGUGGUGGAAGCAGGAAGAUGAUGGCAUUCUUCGAGGGGCUGAUGAAGCAAGUGAUGGAGAAGCAGGAGGCGAUGCAGCUGAGGUUUCUGGAAACCAUAGAGAAGAGGGAGCAGGACCGGAUGAUGCGGGAGGACGCUUGGAAGAGGCAGGAGAUGGCAAGGCUAGCUCGCGAGCAGGAGAUCAUGGCCCAGGAGCGGGCCAUGUCCGCAUCAAGGGACGCUGCUGUGAUCACCUUCCUCCAGAAGAUUACAGGCCAGACGGUCCCGAUACCAUCUCCAGCAAUAAUAAUUCCUGCUGCCCCACCACCACUUCAACCGACCCCACCACCACCCCCACAGCCACCGCCACCACCUCCCCCGCAACAGCAGCCACAGCACCGCCACCAACAGCAGCCUUUGCAGCAGCCUCAAUCGACGGAAAUUGUCCAGCAUCAACCAUCAUUAACAGAAGUAGCAGUGGUUCUGCAGGAGCCACCACAGCAUUCAGAAGGGAGUGGGGGUGGGAGCUUCGAUCCGACAUCGUCUCGAUGGCCCAAAACGGAGGUCUUGGCGCUGAUCAAUCUGCGUAGUGGGCUUGAUUCAAGGUACCAAGAAACAGGUCCAAAAGGACCGUUAUGGGAAGAGAUAUCCGGCGGGAUGCAACGGUUGGGCUACAACAGAAGUGCCAAGAGAUGCAAGGAGAAAUGGGAGAACAUCAACAAAUACUUUAAGAAGGUGAAAGAAAGCAAUAAGAAGCGCCCCGAAGACGCCAAAACCUGCCCUUAUUUCCACCAAUUGGAUGCGCUCUACCGGAAGAAGGGUCUUGGCAGUAGCAGCUUCAGCAACCAAAACAAGCAAGAACAAGAUACAGAUACAAAUCCAAAUCGCAACCUGCAAGAAAAGACCGAUGUCCUUGCGAUCAUGCCGCCGCCACCGCCACCGCCACCACAGCAGCAGCAGCAUUCUGAAAUCAAGGGCGGGAGCAGCAACAAAAAUGGUGGGAAUCCUGAUGCGGGAGGAGGUUCUGUGCAAGUACAGACCAGCAACGGGGGUUUGCCUCCCAGCUUCUUCGAAGGAGCGGCCAAGAAGCCAGAAGGCAUUGUGAAGGAGAUGAUGGGCCAUCAUCAUCAUCAGCAUCAACGUCAACAACCACUAUCAGUGAUUGGCAGCUAUGAUAAGCUCGAUGGACCGGAGAGUCAUAAUUUCCAUCAGGAAGAAGAAGAAGAUGAUGAUGAAGAAGAAGACUACGAUGAGUACGACGAGGAUGAAGACGACGAUGAUGAGGAAGACAGGAAGAUGGAAUACAAGAUUCAAUUCCAAAGGCCGAAUGUGGGUCCCGCCAAGGGUGAAGGGAGCGUCGCCCCUGCCGGUCCAGGGUCCUUCUUGGCAAUGGUUCAGUAGCGGUGUUCUCUGUCGGAUUUCCUCCUUCCUUUCCCAAUGUACCAUAUGUACGUAUAUCUUGAGCUCGAGAAGAAAAUACAUAGAAAAAAAAAAAUUCCAGGCCUCAGAUUGAGGGCAACGAAGAAGAAGCCGAAGUAGCCUCCAUUCGUUCCUUGCUUAGUAGAGUUUUUUAAGUAGUCAUUUUUCCAUUCGAGAGAUCGGAAUUCGCUUGAUCAUGGUUCGAUCUUCUGCUAUUUUAUUGAUUUGUUAUCAAAAUAAAGGUGGUCCGCUUCCGAUUGUCGAACCGACGGAUGGAAAUUGAAGCUGGGAAUAAGCUUAUAGCAUCCAACAAAGACUAGGAAGAAUUCAGCAUUUUAGAAGCAGCUUUGAAAUUAUUUUUUCUCCUUUCUUUCUUCUUUCUUGUUUUUACGUUUUAGAUUACAGAUAUAUGAUUGUAAUUUUUCA